CCGAGUUGAGCGAAAAAAUUGAAAUAAAGUAUUAAAUUUGGUAUGUCGGAACAAGUAGUGUAGAAAAUGGCCUCUUACAAUGGUGGGCGUUCUCCCAAGGAUUUACACCAUCUUCUGAAUGUUGCUCGUCAGGAUACAACAUUUUUCCCAGAGGAGAUUGAAGAAAACUUGGGAAAGUUAAAGAGUUUAUCAAAAGAUGAAACGUCUGAAAAUGCAAUGCUGCGUGAUCGUAUUGACCAACAAUCUGAACUUAUAUGCAUCCUUAAGAAACAAGCAGACACCUCUCUUAUUAAAUCCCAAACAAUUGAACAAGAAAUGAAAGAACUGCUUGCAGUCAAAGAGGAAGCAGAGUGCAAUUACCAUGAUCAAGUACGAAAAUACAGUGUACUUGAAAGAAGGUUCAAGAUAUUAUUCCAAAAUCAUGAAGAGAUAAUAAAAAUAAAAGAUGGGUACAAAGUUGUAAAUGAUGAAUUACGGAGAGAAAAUAAAAACCUUAUAACAAAGAAAGAUAAAGAAGUGACUGUAUUAGUUGAGGAAAAAAAUGAGAAAAUAAGAGAACUGGAGAUUGCUUUGGAAGCACUAAACAACAAAUUUCAUAACUGUAAUGGCCUUCUGAAUCAAUUGCAAGAGGAGUCUAUUGAAAAUGAAAGGCAUUUUAAUGAAGAAUUUGAGAAGUUGAAAUCUAAAGCAGUAAAAUUUGAAGAAAGAGCUCUUGAAAUGGAGAAGAAAGCAUUGCAGGUUUCCUCCAAGCUAUCAUUGACAGAAAAGGAAGUUACUGAGCUGCAAGAAGAUAUUUCUCACAAGACCCAAGCUACAUCUGAACAAAAAGAAACCAUAUGUAAACAAGAGCAAAAAAUUACCGAACUUCGUGGAAAAGUGCAUGAACUUGAACUGCUUUUGAAAAAGCAAAGCGAAAAAUUCGCGAAAGAAAUGGAAGAUGCAUCUGCUAAUGCCCAAGUGCGAAAGCUGAAGGCAUUGUUAAGGAAAGCUGACGAUAAAGUAGUUAACCACGAUAAGGAAUUUGAGGCAUACAAAACACACACCGAAAAGCUUUUAUUGAAAGAACGAGAAUUAAAUUCGAAAUUACGUCAAAUUAUUGGCUAAUUGAUACCUGGAAUUUGGAACUGAUAGAAAAUAUUCUAUAAUAACGGACGUAAUAAUUAACAAUUGUUUAACAAUUAUUUAAUCAAUCAGAAUUUAUUGCAAUGUAUAUAAUGUAAAAAUUUGUAAAUAUCGACUCUAAUUAUGGCACACAAGUUAAGCUACGUCCCGCGUUAUUCCACAUCUUUCACUUGUCUCGUGGGUGAAAUAAAAAAGAUCAGAUCUACUUAAAUUGCAGUUCAGUAAGAAAUCGCCUUAUUGACCGCACAUCGAAUUGCAAGUACAUGAUCCUGCAAUGGAUACUUGAAAAACUAGGGCCGGUU